AUGAACCCAGAGAUGGUAGUUGAGAAACAUCACAAGUUCAUGGGUCCCGCGUCGAUCGUGUCUAGUAAUCCGUUUCAUAAACCGGGCCCUAUCGAGUCGGAAGCCACUGAGAAGCUCGAGGCGCAGAAGGCCGACUACGAAGCCAAGCUCGCCGACAUGGGGAAGGUGUCCCAGGCCAACUUAGAGAACACCAUCAAGGACUACGAGGCCAAGCUCAGCGAUAAGGAGAAACUCCAAGAGAUUGAGAUCGAACGCGUGAGGGACUUCAUCAGUCAUGAUUGCGUCGAGAUAAAGAAGAAAUCCGACAUCAAGCUCAACGACCUCGCCGAGAACUACGAGGCCAAGAUUGCUGACCUGGAGAACGAAUCGCAGUCCAAGCUCGAGGAAACCAUAAAGCACUACGAGACCAAGCUCUGCGACCAGAGGAAAUCCGCCGGGCUCACGCUCAAGGGCAUACAAACGGACUACAAGACCAAUAUUGCAGAGAUGGAGGAAUAUAAUGCCAAGCUUUGUCACUCUAUCAGCAAGCACAAGACCAGGGAGAGCGAUAUGGAAAAGCGGUACGAAACCAAGCUUAACGACGAAAAGAAACACUGCGACUGGCUUCUCAAAGAAAUAAAGGGUAAAAAGAACUAUGAGAUCCAAAUCGAGACGAUUAAGAAGGAACACGCACUAGAGUUUGAAGCCGCGCAGGAGGACUACGAGGCUGAUCUCGGCAGGCACAAUCAGAGCUCCGCGAUUCUGCAAGGUGCUUUCGCCGACCAGAGCUUAGAACUUGCGGCGCUCAAGGAGACAAAGACCAAGGAAGCCGCCUUCCUCAGCAAGUCCGCCCAGCCAGACGCGGAAGCGAAAGAUGCAGGCCCGCUCGCUGACAAGAAGCCGGAUAUCAACGACAAGAAACCGGACGUUAGCGACAAGAAGCCCGAGAUUGACGCCCUCAAAGGCACCAUCGACGCUCUCAAGGACACCAUCGGUAUACAGAUGGUUGCUGCAGAAGAUCUCCGCAAGACCGUCAAAGACCUUCGAGAGCGCAAUGCAAAACUCGAAGCAGAGCUUCAAAAGAAGUAG